AAACUUUGUUUUAUUUUGGUUUUAGUUCAAUACAUUGCAAAUCUGGACGAUUUACAUGUCUAUUUGCACAAUAUGUACAAUACACCUUGUCUACUGGAGCAUUCUUAGAAAAAACAUAUCACGGAACAUGUCUAAUUGUAGUCUCCAUCAGAUUUUGUCAAUAUCUGCAGCAGCCGAGAAACUUGCCAAGUGCCAGGAGACGAUGACGAACGUAAGCAAACGACUGCGGGCUCUACAAACCCCGGCAAAUGCAGAUUCUCCAGGCAAAGAAAAGCCUGGUACCCUACCUCUGUCAGCUCCCAUGGUUCUUGGUGAAGAGGAUGUCAGACCUGCCGAUUUCAACUCUCCCAGUUCUGAAGAAGUGCCACGGAAGAAACAACAAGGUGUACCUGUUGCAGCUGAGAAGGACCUUAUACAUGUGCAAGGUGCCGACAGGGGCCAUAAAACUGGCAACAUUGGUUUGAGACAAGCCGCUAUUCCUCUACUGAUUCCGAGGUCGCCGCGAAUAACCUUUUCUAAUGAUAUGAAGAAGAAGAAGAAACGGGGUGCGAGUUUGCUGAGUAGGCUCGUCUUCAGAAACAAGGCAAUGCUCGGCUGUUAG